UUUCUCGUUAUAUAACAAUGUAUUUAAUUGAAGUAACAAUACAAUAAAUAGGUAGCAACCAUCCAAACAAACUAAACUAGUUGGGAUAUUAGACCCUGUCCUCGUACAACUUUUCUAUGAGAGCCAGAUUUUCAAUAAAUUUUGGAUUUUGUUUCAUUAUUCUAUUGGGAUGUUACGUGCAGAAACCAAUAAUAGAAAGAGUAAGAUAAAAGAAAUUAUCUCUAUGGCAUAUCGUGGUCAACUCCUUGUUUUCCUCCCACGUUUUAAUAUUAUUCCAUAGUUGUCUCUAAAAAAAUUGAGAAAGCAAUGAAUUGCAUAGCACGUCUUCGGGUGAUAUUUCUAAAAAUACUAGUAAAAAAAAAGGAGUCCGGUGCAUUAAAGCUCCCUGCUAUACGUGGGGUUCGGAGAAGGACCGGACCACGAGGGUCUAUUGUACGCAGUCUGCAAGAAGUUGUUCCCACGGCUUGACCCCGUGACCUCUUGGUCACAUGACAUCAACUUUACCGGUUACUCCAAGGAUCAACUUUUUAAAACUACUAGCUAAUUCACGCAAAGUAUGCAGUGAUUAGUCUAGAUUCUUAAUCAGCGCCAAGAAUGAUUGUGAAGAGAACAACUUGGUAGGUGAGAGCCUUGACUUUCAUAACCAACGUGGAAAAGUUCACCUCAAGAUCAUCAAGAUGGUAGAUGCGGUUGUGUCCUAUGCAGUUCAAAAACUGGGGGAUUUCCUCAUAGAGGAAGUUUCUCUGCGCCGAAGUCUGAGAGCAAACAUGCUUUGGCUGAGAAAUGAACUAUCCUUCAUGCAUGCUUUCCUCAAAGAUGCCGAAAAGAAGCAAGCAGAUCACCUGGUGCAGCAAUGGGUAUCUGAAAUCACUUCUGUUGCUAAUGAAGCUGUAGCCAUCUUAGAAGCAUACAGUUUGGAUGCGGCAAAAGAUGGUGAUCUUGCCGUCGGAUUCUUUGAUCACCUUAAGGCUUGUGCUUGCGUCUGUCCAAAGGAGGUCAACUUCCACAACAUUGAGGAGGACAUCCAGUCCCUCAGGGACAGAGUUAUGGAUAUCUCUAGAAAACGUGAUACGUAUGGUAUUACUCACAUCAAUAAUAAUAAUGCCGGAGAAGGACCAAGUAGUAUGCCAAACGAUCCGUCUUCCACGUUAACAAGAACAUUGAGGAGAGCAGUAUCCUAUGUAGAUGAAGAUCAAAUCUUUGUUGGCUUUCAAGAUGUCUUUCAAAGACUGCUUGACGAACUUCUCAACGAAGAGCCUCGACGAAAUGUCCUUUCAAUUUAUGGUAUGGGUGGGUUGGGCAAGACCACUCUUGCAAGAAAUCUAUAUAACUCCCCAAGUGUACUCACUAGCUUUCAAACUCGUGCUUGGAUAUGCGUCUCUCAACAGUAUAUUAUCCAGGAUCUCCUUCGGAGUAUCAUAAAAUCUAUCCAAGGUUGCAAUGAAGAAACACUAAAAAUGCUUAAGGAGAUGACGGAGAGAGAUCUAGAAAAUCGCCUCCGUGUUCUACUGAUGCACCGCAAAUACCUUGUGGUGGUUGAUGAUAUAUGGAAUAGAGGAGCUUGGGAUGGUCUGAAAAGAGCCUUACCAGAUAACAACUAUGGCAGCAGGGUUAUCCUUACAACACGAAAGAAGGAUGUGGCUGAAAGAGUCGUUGACAAAGGUUUCUCCCAUGAACUUUCUUUUCUAAGUAAAGAAGAAAGUUGGGACCUUUUCUGCAAAAAACUACGUCUAGGCAGUGAUCUUGAAUCGUUCUCCCCAUUAAUGAAAGGGCUAGCUAUGGAAAUGGUGGAGCAAUGCAGAGGCUUACCACUUGCUAUCGUGGUACUAGGUGGGCUACUUUCCUACAGAAGCGGGGUGGAUGAAUGGAGAAAGGUGCAGACACAAAUUUGGCUGCAUAUGAAGAAUGACUCUACUGAGAUCACCCACAUUCUUUCAUUGAGCUAUCAUGAUUUGUCCUUUGAGCUCAAGCGAUGCUUUCUGUACAUUGGCAUUUUCCGAGAUCAUGUGAUCGACACUGAAAAGUUGAUGUAUUUGUGGCUGGCAGAAGGACUCAUACCAGGAAGAGAAGAACACAAGGAGGAUAUUGCCGAAAACUUCUUACAUGAGCUAAUAAGUCGAAGCUUGAUUCAAGUAGCGGAUCAGACAUUCUUCGAUAAAAUUCUUACAUGUAGGAUACACGAUCUACUUCGGGAUCUUGCUGUACAAAAGGCCAUGGAGCUUCACUUGUAUGACAUAUAUGAUCCAAGUGUAAGCUUGGUCACUCCAUUUUGUCAUCGACAUUCUAUUCGCACAGAAACUCAAAGUUAUCUUUCACUCGAUCUAUCAAAAUUGAAGAUAAGGUCAGUAUUGUUCUUUGAUCAAGAAUUUAAGGAGUUGAAAAAGUUUAUGAAUUUCUGUACGACUCUCCAUCAUUUAUAUGUGCUGGACUUGGAAAACAUCAUUUUUGUUGGGUAUGAACUGCCUGAUGCUAUAGGUAACUUGGUACAUCUAAAGUUCUUAGGCUUGUCUAACACCAAUCUUUCCAAACUCCCACCUUCCAUUGGCAAACUAAAAAACCUACAAACACUGGAAGCACUGGUAUAUGACCAUUGCUCAUGCGAACUACCUCAUCAGGUUGCCGAGCUCACAAAUUUGAGACAUUUAGUUGACCGAUAUGAGGUCCCUUUGCAAGUUGACAAACUCAAGAAUCUUCGAACUCUUAAAUAUAUUCGUUGUGAUCAGUGGAAAGAUACUGAUGCUUCCAGUUUAGUCAACCUUCGAGAAUUGGGCAUGGAAAGAAUUAGGAAAUCUUACUCCCUAAAAUCGAUUGGCAGCCUGAAAAGACUCACCACCUUGUUGCUAGUUUGCCAAUAUGGUCAAGAUCUUCCUCCCCUUGAACCUCUUUCUUCUUGUGUAAACCUUCAUAAAUUGUGGUUAUCAGGGGGAAUAGAAGAACUAGCAGAUUUAGACAAGCUGCCGAAAUCCAUUACACUGUUUGUCCUGCAGUGUGCACGACUCGAGGAAGAUCCAAUGCCAAUUCUGGGAAUGUUUCCAAACUUAAAGCAUCUCGAGGUGUCACAGGCUUACAGCGGAAAAAAUAUUACUUGCGAGGGCCACAGUUUCGGUCAGCUAGAGACCCUUAAACUUGAUAAUCUUGAAAAUCUAGAAAGCUGGCAUCUUGACAGAACUGCUAUGAGUCUGAUUAGAAGUUUGAGUAUAUUUGAGUGUCCGAAACUGCAGGAAAUUCCACAACAAAUGAAACAUGUUGCGGUAUUUGAGGAGCAAUCUAGUGAUCAAAGACAAUGGGGGUAUUAUCGUUACCCAAUCUAGCUGGUGGAACUUGCUGCAUCCGUGAAGCUUUUGAGGAACUAUUUCCUAGCAACCAUCUUUUUAAUCACGAAGGUUAAUGACACAAUGUCAACCAUCUUCACAUCAUACGCCAUGAUAGCUGCUGUGGAUGCUGUUAUUGUGGAUCAGGCUCUUCCGUUUAGUAACGAUGAAGCUUGUAAAGACAAUGGCUCUCACUCGUGGGACAAGUUUGUGGUAUAUACUAAAGGUGUUAGAAGUGAUGAGUUCUAUAGAUUACCAUGCCAAUUUAAUAGGUUCUUCCCACCUUAAUAGUCAAAAAGAAAUGCCAUCACUGUUUUGUUAGGGGGUUGUUUCCUUCAUAAACUCACUCAAGUUCUAUCUUUAUUUUGUUCUUUUAUUUCUUUAGAAUAGUAAUAUGUCAGUCUGUUCAGGUCCAGAAGUGUUGCUAUUAUUGAAUGCCAGGUUUAUCUGUAAAUGUCCAUGUCAAAGAUGAUUUGUGGUAUUGCAACUAUUGACAACUUAAGAUGCAUAUCUAGGUACCUCAAUUCUUGUUCACUGUAUCAAUUGAACAAUUCAACUUACAAAAUAAUUAUCUAAACACUUUCAAAAUUUAUGUGCCGUGAGUUGAGACGCGUAGAUGGGCAUUCUUAAAGUUAAAUUUUUAGUUGUCCGUUGAGCCGAAGUUAAUCUUGUAUAUUUGUAAUGACCCUUCAAGUCAUUUUUCCAUAUUUAUGCUUAUCUUCACCGUUUGAGCUUCUCCAUAGCUACCCCAAAUCAUUUAUGACUUGUUGGGACUGAGGG